UGAACUUUCCAAUGAAUCCACUUAACUUGUUCAGUUUCAUUAGGAUGAAAAAUGAAAAUAAAAGAAUCAUCAUCAUCAUCAUUAUAUUCUGUAUUAGAAAACAACAAAACAAAGCAAAACAAAAAAUUACUAAACAUUCACAGUAUUUUGUCACACUGUCGCGCAAGUUAUGAAUGUAUGGCAUAUAUGAGAAAAGAGCGGCUAGUCUUUUUUUUUCUUGUUUGUUUGUUUCGUGGGUGGCUUAUGUUUUUUUUUAUGUCUCUGAACCAAUUGGUUUGGCUACCAGUCACACAUACACUGCUAAUAGAUCUUUUGAUCAAUCUUCUGAUUAUUAUACAACAUUUGGAUCUACCUAUCAUAAUCAUCAUCAUCAUCAUCAUAGAUCUGAUGAUCAUCAUGAGAAUCAUUAUCAAUUUGAUCCAUAUGAUCAACAAAAUAUUCAAACAUCAACAAGUUAUAGUAGCUAUAAUACGAAUAAUAAUAAUAAUGAUGAUCAGAUGGCAGUUGUUUAUGAAAAUCAUCAUCAUCAAGAAUUCAAUUCACCAUUAUCAUCAGUUAUUCAUAAUUUUAAUCGAAACGAUACAUAUGAAUCAUGUGAAGAUGUUAUGGGCGAUUCGUGUUUCAAUAAUAGCAGUAUAUUACCGAUGCCAAUCACUUAUGAUCAUUUUGAUAGAAUCAAUACACAUCAAGUAUCAAAAAUAACUACCAAUCAAUUUUCAUUCAAUCAUCAUCAUCAACAUUCUAUUGAUGAAAAUAAUAAUGAUAAUCUAAUGAUGAGUGUUAAUGUUGAGACUGUGAAAGAUUUACCAACAAUAAUGACAAAUUGUAAAAUGAUACCAAAUACGAUCACAUCAUCAUCAACAUCAUCAUCACCAACGACAAUUAUGCAUACAUGUUCAUCAUCUAAAUAUAAAUUAAUGACAAAAUUAAGUGAACAUAUUACAAUUGAAAAACAUGAUUAUACAACCGAUGUAUAUCAUCAUCAUCAUCAUCAUCAAUCAAUUAAUCAUAAUUCAAGUAUUUGUAAAACGAAAACAUUAUACAGUAGUAGUAAUAGUAAUAGUAGUAGUAGUAGUAGUAGUGAAAUGACAAAACAUUUCCAAAUCAAUGCUCAUCAUCAUAUGAAUAAUAAUAUCAAUCAAUCACUUACUUUGAAUGGCCAUCAUUAUCAUCAUCAUCAUCAGAAUAAUAAACGUCGUUUGACGGUGGUCGUCGGUACAGGCGGCAAUAAAGACAUACGAACAAAUAACAUUUGUUCUCAAUUAGUGGAUAAAUACAAUAUUUGCUAUAUUUGUGGGAAAAAUUAUGCCCGGCCAUCAACGUUAAAAACUCAUCUACGUACACAUUCAGGAGAGAAACCUUUUAGAUGCCAGGUAUGCAAUAAAGCAUUUUCACAGGCCGCUAAUUUGACCGCACAUAAUCGUAUACAUACAAAAGAAAAACCAUUUCCAUGUCCGAUUUGUCAACGUAGAUUUUCACAAUCAUCAUCGGUAACAACACAUUUACGUACACAUACAAAAGAACGUCCAUAUAAUUGUCAUCAUUGUAGUAAAUCAUUUUCGGAUUCAUCAACAUUAACAAAACAUAUGCGAAUACAUUCGGGUGAAAAACCAUAUAGAUGUCGAAUGUGUUUGCUAAGUUUUUCACAAUCUGGAAAUCUAAAUCGUCAUAUGCGAAUCCAUAACUAAUGACUCAAACAAACAUUCGUGAAUUCGAACAUGAAAUGAAAAUCUAACAAUCGAUUAAUCGAUCAAAUCAAUUUUCUAGUUAUUAAAUGAUUACUGAACAAUUAAAAUUGGUAAAAAUUCAUGAAAAUACUCAUUUAAUCGAUUCAUGUAUACAAA